CUCUUACCUUCUAUAAAUCAUUUUCUGCUUCCCUUGACUUCCUGUGUUACCUGUCGUUCAAUCUCCUGACAGUGAUUGCCAGUGAGUAACUGUCGCAGUCACGUGGUCUAACAAAGAUGAUACAGAGCAACAGAAUAGCACGAGUUCCCCUCCAACCAACAACAGAGAGAACUUACAAACCUGAGAAUCACUUAAUCCUUCAAAAACUCACUGAAAAGACCUACGCUAUUAGGCCUCUUCAAUUAUAAUUGUAUAUUCAUCUUGGUUGAACCACUCUCUAGUCAACUCUCAACUCGACUGGCAAGCAACCACGAUAUGCCUACAGUCCCCACGCGAGGCGGCCCUCAGGGCACGAGACCCACGUAUUCGGGAGGUAAGGUUGUACCUUUCCAGAAGAAAGGUCAAGCGAUCCGUGGUGCUUCAGGGAAAACAGUCCUAGGAGGUCGUCGUCACCGUAAGAUUCUUCGAGAUUCGAUUACUGGAGUCACUAAGCCCGCUAUCCGACGUCUAGCACGUCGCGGAGGUAUCAAACGAAUUUCAGCUGGAAUCUAUGAUGAGGUCCGAGCUGCAUUGAAAGAACGUCUUGAGGCGAUCCUCCAGAUGUGCGUCAUCUAUGUCGAAUACCGUAAUGCCAAGACUGUCACGGUCCACGACGUCAUUCACAGCCUCGCGCGCUUUGGGAGACCUAUCUAUGGUUUUGAUCCGGAUACAUACGACGGUCAGAACAAACCCAAGAUGUAACGCCCAAUCAUUUCUACGCAUUCGACUUUCUUCAUACCCAUCAUUUGAUAUGGGCGGUGUCAGGCGUCAUAUUCGCGCAUUGUUUAUUAGCAUGUUGGUCCAGGUUGGGUGUUUAAUACCAUGAACAUUUGUGGAAGGAUAUGAAAACAGAAACUGUCAUACGGGAAAAUGCAUAUCCUGUUUAGGAGAAUCGAAAGAUUGAUUGAUAUUGAUCAUGAGCUGUGCCACAACCUGAUAAAUUAUGAAUUUCUGUAAACGAAAGGAAUAUGGUAUGAUAUGGGGUAUCUCAAGUGACAGUACAAGUAGGUACGGUAUCAAAAAAAUA